AUGGAUACUCCACGAAACAAGACAAGAGGUAAACGGCUGUUGCCGACCUUGCCAACUGACAUGCGAGACCGGUGUACUCCUGGUACAAGAGCUGUCUCUUUCAACACUGAAAUAAUGGAAACUUCCGUGGGUGGCACAAAAUCGAUCGGUCACAUUAAACCUGACCCAAUAAGUGUGUCUCUGUAUAUUGACAGAGGAGACAAGAGUUCGGUCACAGUACUGUCAAAUAUUGACCCAAGUGACCAGGACAAAAUAAGAUCUGAUUAUUGUAAAACUCCAGACACUGAUUCUUUUUUAACUCCAGUAAAACAGCCACGGAGGGUUACAGUAGAGGGACAUGUAGAUACAACCAGUAUUGUGGGUGAUUGUAGCCCAGGAAUGAAGUCGACACCAGUGAGGAGGUUCACAUUGGACAACAAGUUACUCAGCACCCCAGAAUGUUACUCUACAGUACAGAUGGACCUCCCACGAUACCAGAUGCCAUACAUUAAUGGGGAUUUGAUGGGACUAGAUGAUGAAGACAGCAGCAGUGUUACUGUAGCAGUCAGGGUCCGACCAUUUCUACAGAGAGAAAUUGGUGAUCAGCUGUCUAGGUGUGUAGUUUCUAUGUCUGGAAAUGAAGCUUUAGUGACAACAGCAUCUGGUAUCCUCCACAAGUUUGCUUACGACUACGCCUUCAACUCUCUGGACAGUAAUUCGGGUGACUAUGCUAGUCAGGAGCAUGUGUACCGUCUGCUCGCCCAGCCUCUGUUAGGGAAGGCCUUUGAGGGCUACAACACUUGCUUGUUUGCUUAUGGACAGACAGGAAGUGGCAAGAGUUACAGUAUUAUGGGCCACGGCAAUGAGGUUGGUAUUAUCCCCCGAUUCUGUGAGGAGCUGUUCUGUAGGGCAGAUGUCACCAGGGACUCGGACAAGGUGAAGAUCAAUGUGGAAAUCAGUUUCUUUGAGAUCUACAAUGAGAAAAUCCAUGACCUUCUAGCAUCCUACAAAGACAAGGGUGGUAAGAAACCUACACUGAAGGUUCGGGAACAUCCCUCCCUUGGCCCCUACGUAGAGGGAUUAUCAACAUAUGUCACUAACUCAUUUGAAGAUGUUGAGGGCUGGAUUAACUUGGGGAAUAAGAAUCGUGCCACCGCCGCUACUGGGAUGAAUGAUAAGAGUAGUAGAUCCCACUCUGUCUUUACCUUGGUACUUACACAGACACGAACAGAAGAACUUGAAGGGGAAGAGCAUGACCAUUCAACCACCAGUAAAAUAAACCUGGUCGACCUUGCUGGUAGUGAACGUCAAUCUCAGGCCAAUACAUCUGGUCAGAGGUUAAGGGAAGGAGCCAAUAUCAACAAGUCUCUGUUGACCCUAGGAAAGGUUAUCAGCUCUCUGUCAGAUCAAGCUCUCAGUAACAACAGAAAGAGAAAGUCCUACAUCCCAUACAGGGAUUCUGUUUUGACAUGGUUACUGAAGGAGAGUCUAGGAGGAAACUCAAAGACAGCCAUGAUUGCUACGAUAAGUCCUUCCUGUCAACACAUUGAGGAGACACUGAGCACACUGAGAUAUCCUUAACUUUACUUUCAGGCCAGGUCCAUUGUGAACAUGGCACGUGUUAACGAGGAUCCUAAGGCUAAGAUAAUCCGCGAGCUGAGGGCGGAGAUAGAAAGACUGAAGAACCAUUCAGUGUAUAUGACUGAUGACACCCAUACAGCAAGUCUUGCAGAGAUUGCCAGCCUCAAAGAGAGGCUUCUUGCCCGGGAGCGAGAAAUGGAAGAAAUUACCAGGUCAUGGCAACAGCGACUGAGACAAUCUGAGGAAAGAAAGGUGGCUGAAUCUAAACAGCUGGAGAAAUCGGGUGUUGCUUUUAAAGUUGAUAACAAGCAGCCUAACCUGGUGAACCUAAAUGAAGACCCCCAGCUAUCUGAGAUGUUAUUGUACAUCAUUCGUGAGGGUCAGACUCGAGUGGGACGCAUGUGUGCCAGCUCCGACCAUGAAAUACAGCUCAGUGGUGCUCUAAUUGCCGACAACCAUUGCAUCAUCAACAAUGUUGACAGUGUGGUCACUGUCACUCCAAUUGGGGACGCACCAACGUACGUCAAUGGCAACAGUAUAUCAGAACCCUCUAUUCUCCAUCAUGGAGACCGUGUGAUACUGGGAGGAGAUCAUUAUUUCAGGCUACAGGCAGAACUCGAAGAAGCACGUCGCCAGGCUCAGGAAGAAAUGAUGCAGGAAGUGGAAAAAGCAAAAAAGGAAGCAGAACAGGUCCUUAACUCACAGAAGUCAGGCUAUGAGGGCAAACUUAAAAAACUGGAAAAAUCUCGACAGGAAGCUCAGGGGCUCAUUGAGGAACUCAAAAAACAGAAAAUCAUGCUGGAACAAGAAGUGGUCGCUGGCAGAAGACGACAGGAGCUUGAGGCAAAGGUUGCUAAAAAGGUGGCUGGCCAUGUGUCGAGUCAGAAGUCCCCGUUGAUUAUCCUCCUGGAGGAGGAGAAACAGAAAGUAGCUCUGAGAUUGGAGACACUCAAACAGAAACGUCAGGAAACCGUCUCACUAUCUAAACGUUACCAGGAUGUUCAGCCGGGUAAAGCUGACCUGUAUAAGGUGGCCCUGCUGCUCAGAGAGGCAAAUAGAAUAAGUCAAUACCUCAGGAAAAAUAUGGAGUUCAGUAGGGAGGAUUACACAGAGGAAAAUAACCAUGUCAAGACUUUGAUCAAGGUCACCGACACCAAUUUAGCUGUUUGUACUUUCUGGACACUACCCAAAUUUGAGGAAAAACUUAUGCAAAUGAGGGAUCUCUACCAGAAUGAUGCAGAUAAUUCUGCAGAUGAUGAAGUCUUCCACGAUCCUGCUGAUACCUGGGAACAUGAUAUGAAAAACUCGCCCUGUAAAUCUCCUCGCAGUCGAUUUAGCGGUCAAAGGUUGAGCCCAUCUCAAUGGAACCGGUCUUCCACCCUCUGUAGUGUCUCUAGCUUGAGCAGUACAUCUAGAAGCAUGACAAGCAUAGGGGAUAUACAGACAAGUGUGGACCAGGAGAUUCAAACAUGCUCAGGAGAAGAGACUGCCAGCCUCUGUAUCAAACUUGUGAGGGACCACCUCAACAGUUGUCACAGAUUCUAUUAUGAGGAGAGUGUAGGGGACAAGCUGCUCAGCUGCUGUGAUAAAAUCCUCCAAGGAGUGAAUGUUAUACAGGAAUAUCAUAUACAGACCACAGUUACAGACUAUGAUGAAAAUAGCACCUUACAAAGAACGUGUAUUGAACUGGUCAAUCUCCUCCAGUCUCUGACUUCCCUAUGGGCAAUGUGGUCAUCCAUGUAUGCUGGCCAGUAUGCUGCCAUCAGUAGUCUGACUGACAGAUUUCGUGGCCAGGUCAAGGUUAUUGGUAACCACUUAGUGCUACUGUUCCAAGGCUGUCAGAAUGACCUUGACCGUCUUGUGCUGGACUCCAGUGUGAAGGUGAAGGACGGGUUAUUAGAUGUUUGUCGCCUGGUAGGGGAGAUGUCCUUAGCUACAGACAUGACCAUGCUGAGUCUGGACAGAUAACAUAAUGAUGAUGUUAUAUUACAGCUAUGUGGAGAGAUCUGUCAGGCAUUCCUGUCUGGAUGUGACUUAUUGGUGGACAAAAGUUUACAGAGCGCCAUAAGAACGAUGGAAGACCAUGAGAGGAGAGCACAAGAAUUCACAGAAACCACAGCACCUUAUCAGAAACUAGAAGAGGUACCUCAGAAUGUGAAGAUCCUAAUAUCUACUUGUAAAAUCCUUCUCACCAAGUGUCAGUCUAUACAGAUGGAGGUGGAUCUGUCUCUGAAGGAGGGUAGUGAUCAUGUGCCAAGCCAGUAUUACAGUCUGGGGUACCGUCGCUCACAAGGAAUGAUUAGUCAAGUGAACAACCUACUGGACACAGUCAGCCUGCUUCUACAGAGUGUUACACCCGUGAUGGAGGGUAAAACAGAUGAUGUGCGUAAAGUAUGUCGAUGUUCAGAGCUGAUACAGAAGGGAACAGCCAAGUUGAUGGCCGUGUCUGGACAGGACAACAGUGUUUUACUGCAGACAAGUUGUAGCAGUGACCUCACCAAUGUGUCUGUGUUAUCAGACUCACAGACAGAGAGACUAGAAUUUGCUGCUCAGGAUGUUAACUUGGCUGCUGGUGCUCUUAUAGAACAGGCCAAGGAAAUCAUAGACCUUGAAAAGCUGAUCUCAACACCACGAGGGAAACGUUUGUUACCGGUGUCUCCCGAGAAGGGAGGUAACUCACUUCUCUCACCUCUACGCAACAUGUCAGUGAAAAGGAACAUAUCUCUGUUAGCUUCUGCAGGACAUUCCUGA